CGGGUAGGGAUCCUUUCUCUGCUACACAACAUGGCGGCCUCCUCCAGCCACCUGUCCUCGGUGCUCCGCAGGGCGCUGAACGGAGCUUUCUACCUCUAUAACCGGACACCGGGGGCUCCUGCCGCUGCUACCGGCCUCCGGUGUGUGUCUAACGCGGCUCCAGAAGAGAAGAAAGCGGCGAUAAUAGAGUCCACGGAGGAGUACGGCUUCGUGGAGCGGCUCAUCCCGCCGUCACGGAUCCCCGCUCCGCCUAAACACACCGGCGUUACCCCGUCCGGCUGGAGCCCUCCGGCGGACUCCCCGCCGCCUCUGCCCUACAUGAUCCGCCGCUCCCGCAUGCACAACGUCCCCGUUUACACCGACGUCACCAACGGCAGCCGCAAGUUGACGCUGGUGCGGAAGGUGGAAGGAGACAUCUGGGCUCUGGAGAAGGACGUGAAGCAGCACCUGAAGGAGGUGACCGGGAAGGAGCUGCCCACGCAGGUCAACGAGGUCACCAUGACCCUGAAGGUCAAAGGGCACUUCGAGAAGGAGCUGAAGGACUGGCUGGUCAGUAAAGGCUUCUGAUGAGGAGCUGCAACAUCUGGAGACUUUAUCCUGCAGGAUUCAGACUCAUGGACAGACAGACAGACUCCUGCUGCUGGAAUGAACUCGGAGAGACGUUUAUGUGAUUGUGAUCAACAGUUUAUUUACUUGUAUGUAAUAAAAGUGACAUUAAAUUCAUAAAAGAUAUAAACGCA